AUGGCCACAAUGCCAUAUGAUGUGCGCGAGGCUCAUGAACGGUUCCCACCCAUUGACCAGCCCUGUAAGCUGAAGACCAACACCCUGACUGAAACCAAGGACUAUUGUGUCAGCAAACUAGUACCUCCUGUGGACAGAUUCCCACAGCGUGCACUGAAACUCAGCAGAGCUGAUUAUCAAUGUUUUAAAGAUCUGGCCCUAAGUAGGGAGGAGCGCCAGACCAAUGCAGCAGCAUUCAAAGCUGAGAGGAAAGCCAAGACGGCCGCUGUGGCCCUGCGCAGACAGGCCUCGGAGAAGCUGAUUCCACAACACAGCAAGCAAAGUGACCAGGAUGAGGCAUAGGAACAAACCAGCCCCCAUGUGCAGCAGGGCAACAGCAUGCACCUGGAGGAGGAAGAGGACGAGAUUAAGGUUAAGGAGAAGAUGAUUGUGGAUGCCAGGUACCAUGUUGUCCUGGACGCCCAGAAGUUAAAGAAUAAGCAGAUGGAGAAAGAGAUCAAACAGGAGGAGAAGUGCCUGGACCAGAGUAUGGAAGAGGAGUACCAGAAAGCUGUGAAUGUGCGAGAAGAGCUAAAGCAGACAAGGGAGCAGGAGUUGAUCUGGGAGAGGCUCCAGAUCAAGGAGCGGAAAAAGAGUAAUAAGGAGAGGAAGAGACGGAAAAAAGAAAGGGAACGCCUGGCAGAGGAUAGCUGCAUUAACAAGAAAACGAUGAAAUCCAAGGAGCAGAAGCUGGAGCAGGGGGGGCUGGUUGACCAGCACAUCCUUCACUGCCAGAAGCAGAAAAUGGUGCAGGAAGCAGGGCUGGAGGCACAGCAAGAGAUGGCCCAGCUGAGGGGCCUGCAGGAGAGGACCCAGGACCUCCAGGCUGACAAGGACAAGCAGAGUGACCAGGAGGAGGUGCAGGAACAAACUAAUCCUGAAGUCCAGCGGGCCAGCAGGAUGCACAUGGAGGGUGACAAGAUCAAGGACAUGGAGAAGUUGGCUGUGGAUGCCACGUGCCGCGCCGCCCAGGAUGCCCAGUUUUCAGAGAUGAAGCAGGUGGAGAUAGACCCCAAACAGGAGGAGAUGUGCCUGGACCAGAAUAUGGAAGUGAAGUGCCAGAACGCCAUGCAGAUGCAGGAAGAGCUGGAGCAGGAGAGGCAGCCAGAGGUGAUCCGGGGGAGCCAGAUCAAGAAGCAAGGAAAGAAUAACAUGGAGGAGAGGAAGAGACGGCAAAAAGAAAGGGAUGCCCUUGCGGAGAGUUUCUCUAUACUCAGGAAUAUGCUGAAAUACAAGAAGCAGAAACUGGAGCAAGGGAGGCUGUAUGACCAGUGCAUCCUGGACUACCAGAAACAGAGAAUGAUACGCAUCCAGGGGCAGGGAAAAGGGCCUGCACAGGAAGCAGAGUUUGAGGUGCUGCAGGAGGACGCCUAUCAAGAGAAGCAGGUGGAGAUGGCCCAGCUGAGGGGCCUGCAGGAGAGGACCCAGGACCUCCAGACUGACAAGGACAUGCUCUGGGCCAUGUGGAAGCAGGAGGCCAAGGAGCAGGAGUGGUGGCAUAGGGACUUGCUAGCAAAAAAUGAAAAAUUGAUGAAGAUAAUGGAGCUCCAGGUCAUGCUGCAGCAGAGCCGCAUGGAGUAUAUGGCCCACAAGCUGCUGAUGCAGGCGAAGCGGGACUGCAGCCAUUUUGAAGAGUUUUUCAGGGUGGAGCGAGAGGAGAGGGAAGCCAAGCGAGCGGAGUAUGGUGAAGUGGUGCAAUGCCAGAUGCAGGAGCGCCAGGCGCAGCUGGUGCAAAAGCAGGCCACCUGCUUCGAGGAUGAGAAGCACUUACAAAAGGAGAUACAGUGGCAUGCAGACCGCCUUGUCACUGGCCUGCCUGAGAUUUACCGUGUUGGAGUGGAGCACAAGGCGUUCAAGCCAGGCCCCAAGGGGCCCAUUCACUGACUAGCCUGCCCUGGGGACUUCCACAGGGCCUUUCACGUGUGGCC